GCCACGGGAAGUUGUCCUUGAGGAAUGUCUGACAGUAAUGGAAACUGCUGAGGUGCAGGACUGCAGAGUGGACUAACCUUAAGAAGAAUUUAGGCGAAGUUCCUCUGACAUUGUUUUGUCUGAGUUGUAAGGCAGACGCGAAAUUAACGGUAAAAUAAAUGAGUUCUGCGGACAAGCAAAGUAAAGUUGGAGCAGGAUACAGAAAUGGAGGGGCGACGGUGAGAGGAUUCAUCCAGAAAGUGCAUUCUCCUCACCCAUCCCUAAAUGAUUCACUGGAGGGAGAAAUUCAGGCCUUCCUCACUGAUGAAGACCAACUCCACACUUACGACGACCUCACCAAAGUCAACCCUGUGACCCCAACAACAGUGCUGAAAUGUCUUCAGGCCAGGUACAGUGUGAAGGUGUUUUACACCCACGCUGGCUGCACCCUAGUGGCUCUCAACCCCUUCCAGCCAAUCCCAGACCUUUACUCUCUGGAUGUGAUGAAGGAAUAUCACUGCGCUCCUCAGCCCCAGGAGUUCAAACCACAUAUCUUUAUUGUGGCAGAAGAAGCCUACAGGAAUAUUCAGGGCCAGCUGGAGCCAGUGAACCAAUCCUUGGUGGUCAGUGGUGAGAGCGGUGCAGGAAAGACAUGGACAUCACGUUGCCUGAUGAAAUACUACGCCACAGUGGCGGCCUCCUCCUCAGUGCUGAAGAGUCAGGACACAGUGGAGAGGAUAGAGAGGAGGGUGCUGGACUCCAACCCCAUCAUGGAAGCUUUCGGCAAUGCCUGCACGCUACGGAACAACAACAGCAGUCGCUUUGGAAAGUACAUUCAGCUCCAGCUAGACAGGUGUCAGCUGUUGGUGGGGGCGUCUGUGCAGACAUAUUUGCUAGAGAAGACCAGGGUGGCCUACCAACCAGCUAAUGAGAGGAACUUCCACAUCUUUUAUCAGAUGAUGAAAGGGGCCACAGGUGAGCAGAGAAAGGAGUGGAAGAUGCAGGAUGGCCAACGUUUUGUGUGGCUGCCAAAUUCUGAAAAAACAGUUGAGGAAUAUUCUAUUGAUGAGACUGUCGAGGCAAUGGUUCAUCUGGGCAUUAAUGCAGAGAGGCAGAGACAGAUAUUCAGGAUAUUAGCAGGGAUUCUGCAGUUGGGGAAUGUGCAUUUCUCUUCUUCAGAUGAAUCACAACCUUGCAACCUAGAUGAGCAGUCCAAAGACUUCUUGCAGAGGGCUGCUGAGCUGCUGUGCGUCCCUGCUGAGGAGCUUCAGACGUGUUUAAGAGUGAGGACGCUGAAAGCGGGAAAGCAGAGUGUGCUCAAGCCCUGUUCCAAGGCAGAGUGCAGCAUGCGGAGAGACUGCAUGGCCAAGGUCACCUACGCCCAAUUGUUUGAGUGGCUGGUUACAUUCAUUAACAACAGCAUAUGUGCGGACAAAUCCACAUGGUGCAACUUCAUAGGAGUUCUAGAUGUGUACGGGUUUGAAUGUUUCCACAUGAAUAACCUGGAGCAGCUGUGCAUCAACUACGCCAAUGAGAAACUGCAGCAGCACUUUGUGGCACAUUAUCUCCGAGCUCAACAGGAGGAAUAUGUGUCAGAGGGGUUGGAGUGGUCCUUUGUCAAAUACCAAGACAACCAGAGCUGUCUGGAUCUAAUAGAGGGGAGCCCUGUCAGUGUGUUUUCUCUUCUUAAUGAGGAGAGUCGUCUUAAUCGAGCCUCUGAUGCAAAGACGUUCAGGCUUCGUUUGGAGAAAGAGCUCUGUGACAACGCCAACAUCAGCUGGGACAAGUUCAGCAAGGAGCCACACUUCACUGUGGCCCAUUACGCUGGCAGAGUCAACUACCAGAUACAGGGGAUGGUGGAGAAGAACAAGGACCCGGUGCCACCAGAGCUCAUCAACUUGCUUCAGAAGUCUGACAACCCCCUGCUUCACCAGAUCUUCACUGACAAGGAAACUGAGAACCCAGCCCCUAAGGGGCUCAGUAAAGUCACUGUGGUCUCCAAGUUCAAGAACUCUCUGGAGAGCCUGAUGAGGAUCCUCCACACCACAACACCUCACUACACUCGCUGCAUCAAACCAAACCCAGACUGCAAGCCACUGACCUUCAAAAAGGAGGAGGUUAUCAUGCAGUUGGAGGCCUGUGGGAUUGUGGAGACUAUUCAUAUUAGUGCUGCUGGCUUUCCAAUCAGAAUUCCUUUCAAAGGCUUCAUGCAACGUUAUGGACUGAUUUCAAAAUAUUCACAAUUCAAAUCAGGAAGUCACUGUGUUGACGCGGAGGCUGACGGCAACGACAUUCUGCGGCAAGAGGUGGAGAAGCUCCUCCGUGUCGUGUUGCGACAUGAGGCUUUAGACCCCUUGCACAACAUUGACAGUGAAAAAUACAAUUCAUGGGUGCACUGUGGAAGGACGAAAGUUUUUCUCACCCAGUUGAUGCUGGAUUUGCUGGAGGAUCAGAGGAAGAAGAUCCGGUCUCGAUGUGCCUUCUCCAUUCAAUGCUGCUGGCUGCGGUACCGGCGUCGCAGACGCCGCGCCCGCCAGCAGUCUGCUGCUCUGAUCCAAGCAGCGGUGCGGUCCUGGCUGGUCAGGAGGCGGCUCCAGAGAUGGAACAGAGCAGCUGCAGUCAUCCAGAGCACCUGGAAGAAGUGGAGGGCACUAUUGAAAUCAUUAGCUGAGGCCGAACUGGACGAUGCGAAGGACCUUGUGGAGAAUGAUGUGCCAGCAUUGAACCCUGUUAUCAGGGAGCGAGGUUCAGUGCAGCUCUCCAACAUCCAGGAGCCUGUCACGGUGCGAGGGUGGCCCAUGGGCCUGGCUCUGGCCUCGGCCCCGUCCAUCACCGUCUCUCUGACAGCCACGGGCUUCCAGAAGAUGAUGUCUGUGAUGGCCUCCCUCAACCUGCCCUCCAGGAGAGGGAAGUAUAAGGUGGAGACCAACCAGUACACACAGGGGCUCGCCUCCAUACGGGCUCAACCCAAGGGAUCUGUUAAGCUGCACUAUCAGCGGUCUCCACUUCUCUAUGCUGACAGGCAACCAGACAUGAAGAGUGACGUGACAGGGUUCAAUGAGAUCCUGCUAGAGAAAACGUUGUAAGAGUUCACUAAAAGCUGGUUUCAUGGACACAGAUGAGGGACAAUCUGGUACAGAGGUGAUUUCCUCCUCCAUAGUCUGAAACAGAGCAGACAAACCUGGUGUUUUAAUCUGUCUUUUUGCUAAAUUUAUUUGUGUUUAAAGUGAUCUUUUACAGCUCCAAUUAGCUUUUUUUUAACAAUACCAAAGUCUAUCUCACUCUAUAUUAUACAGGGGUGCAAAAUCUGCACCCUUGCAUAAUAUUUUAAUCUCACAGGUCAGGUAAGAUAAUGCAGUGUACAAUGCAACAGAAUCAUCUGUUGUGGCCUUUAUGUCCAAGGGACUAAAAAAGUUACCUGUAAUUUGAAAUCUAAUUCCAAAAAUUGAAACUCCAAAACAGCAGCAAAAAUAUUUAACAGCAUUUAUAUCAAUUUUGGAAGAUUAUCAUUGCAUCUUUGGAACAUCUGAUCGUUGAUCAAAGUAUUGGGCCUUUGACAAGUGCCUCUCUUGGAAUCUACAUGCAAAUCAUAAAUGGGCUGUUCGUAUAUGUAUGUAUUUAAGGGUGACUAUUUUGUGAUUUGAUAGAUUUAUUGUGGGGGUAAAAACUUAGUGUUGAUUCAGAUACACAUAUGGCUGCAUAUGUUAGCACAAUGUCCAGCAUUCACUUAGAGUGUGAUUUAUGCAGGAGAAAAAAGUCAGCAAAUUUUGCACAUGUUAAGCACAUAUUGCACAUUGAAACCACACAACUGCUCACAUACAGCAACAGACUGACAAAAAGUCAUGAACAAGCAUUUAUUAAGCAUCACUUCAGUGAAUCAGGGAAUGGAUGAACCCAUGUUCAAAUUCCUGCUCUUUGUUUAAGAAAGAGUCUACAUAUUAUGCACAUCUGCUAAAUGUUUCACUAAAUCACUUGUGGAUUUUAAUCUGCUGCAGUCCAAAGUAUCAAUACAAGUACUGUAUAGCAUAACCAAAGUCUUUUUACACUAAUGUUUUGUGUGGGAGAACAAACAUGUUAUAGCCAUACAGUUUUAUUAUGUUUGUAAUUUUAAUGUUCAAAACAUAUUUUUGCUAUGAAUGUUACAAAAUGUCAUUAAUGUAACUUAACACUGAUGUGUAUCCUCCUAGCUUCUGAGGCAACACAUUAGCUAGAGGGACAGCAUACCUUCCUUUGCUUGCUAAACAGUUUCUAUUCUUAAAAUCUUAUCCAGCGAUAGAUUCACUGAAAUGUGUCUGUAUGACAUGAGUUUAUAAUUUGAAAUCUGCAUACUUGUUUUUGUCAGUGAUACCAAGGGAUCAAUGUACAACUUGAAUUAUGUUACUAUUUAAAUGACUGUUUUGUUGAAAUAAAUAUCAGUGU